UUAACACGAAACAUUUUGUUGACGGACCGUUCCCCAUCCUUUUGCCCUCUGUGAGUCUAACCAUUUUUAACUAUAUAAACCAAUUGUUUAUUAAAACAGUGGUUAUCGAAGUUACAUUAUUAACGCACGGCUGAGCGAUGACAUCCAGAGGGACACCGAGCCGCUUUCUGAAAAGCGUUCUUCAGAACGGCGUGGGUCGUUACGUCUGUCAGCUCAAACGAGUCUCUAUCGUCUUCUCCAAAAAAGCCCAGAGCUCCCUCGGAGUUCGAGAUUUUAUUGAGGAGGGAGUGGUGGAUUAUGCCAAGAAGAACCCUGGAACAGUUGUGUAUGUGUCUCCACAGGCCUGCAACGUACCCAAAAUAGUAGCAGAAUAUCUAAAUGGCAACGUAAGGGAAGAAUUAGUUACAAGCAAAACAUCGCAGCAGAUUUCCGAGAUUCUGACUAAGCUGACCAAUCAGUCUGGUCUGGACAUUAUCCGACUGCGAAAGCCCUUCCACACAGACAGUCCCAGCAUUCAGGGCCAGUGGCAUCCAUUUACUAACCGCCCCUUGUUAAUCGACCCCAAACCACCUACGGCCAGCACAAAAUAAAAAGUUGCCAAAGUCAAACCCCAGCUUUAUUUAGUAAUAGCAUAUCAAUUUCAUGUUGAUAUUUGUCUUUAAGUGUUUUUGACUUCUGGAUACUGGCAGCAAGAAUGGGUUCCGCAGAAACAUGCUCACAGCUGCAAAAAUCACAUCUGAAAAUAGUCUGCAAGUAAAUCCAAAAGAGGAGUGCUGGUUGGCAUGCUGGAAGAUGUUUCAAAUCUGAGAAUAUGUGGAAAAGGUGUCAGGAUCUGUAACAUAUGGCAUUUUGUAUGAAUAAAACAUUUGUUGGUAAAAUACUAAUAUGUUGCAUCAAUCAACAUUUUAAUUCAGUUAUAUCAGAACAGCCUGUCAGGAAAUAAUUGGUGAAAAAGCUCAUUUAUGUUGUAUCACUUAGUCUAAAUGGCCUAACUACUUUAAAAAUAUAGGGGGCACUACUCUAAGCCAAUUUCUUGACUAAUAGAGAAUAAAAAACUCGUUUUUGGAGUGUCCUCUCAUUGAUUUUGAGUGAACCUCAUGUUUGAAUUUGUUAUUUUUUUAAAUCUUUGAAAUGAUCCUUUAAAGAACCGUAAAAGAUAGACUCGCUGCUGAUUUGUUUUUGUUUUUUUAAUAGCUCAACAAAGUCUUAGAUCAAUCAUGUUUGUUUUGGAUCAUUUUCUGACUGAUCCAGGACUCACUGGAACUAGAGGUGACUCUGCUCUCAAGGAACCAAACCAGCACAGAACAUGCUUGGACACUUUCCUCCCUUCUUAUUGAUGAACUUGGCUCUUUCCACUAAACUGCAGCAAAGAACCUUCAGUCUUCUGAUUUAGACUCGGACACCUUGUUAAUGUGGCCACAUGGUCUGUAAGAACCCAUAGUUUCAUCUGACAGAAGUCUUGUUCUUACCCAUCACUAACAAAAUGUUAUAAAACACUUGGCUUCUAAGCAAGACAAAAGAAAAAGCAGUA